GAGAAGGUCAGCCACCAGAAGCCACAGCCCUCGGGCGACAAGUGAAUCUGGACUUACACUACAUUGGCAAUGGAAAUCGAGAUGGAACCAAAGGAAAAAGUGCCCGUUGUUGUUGUUGGUGGUGGUGGUACUGCGCCGGCUGUGCUUGUAAGAAGAGGUGGAUUUGAUUUUCACAUUCUUUUCAUUGUUGCGCCUGUUGUUGUGCCUCAUAGGGCAAGCUAUGCUGCUGCUGUAACAAACAGUGUUGUUGUUGUUGUUGUUGUAGUACUACAGCUUGCUCUUGUUGUUGUUGGUGUUGGUGUGCCGUCGGGGCCGGCUCCUGGUGUUGCUGUGGCUGUGUGUGUUGUUGAUGCUGCAUUUGGAGCUCUAGCACUUGUAGCAUCAACAGCUGCUCCUGCUGUGCCAUCUGGUGGUGCUGUUGUGACGUCAAUUGCAGCUCUUGGUGAUGUGGCAUUACCCGGAUUUGCUGGUACUGCAGUUGCUGCUGUUGUUGUCACCUCAGCUGCUGCUGUUGUUGUAUCCGGGGCUGUUGUGGCGUCGGUUGCUGUGUUUGUUGUUGCUUCUGUGCCAGCUGCCGGUGCUCCUGGUGUUGCUCCAUUAGCCCAAUCUCCAACCCCUGUUUGUGUUGUUGAAGCAACGGGUGCUGCUCCAGCUGGCUUCGCAUAUCAUGCGGUGGUUGUUGCUGUUGCUGAGGCAGCUGUUGUUGCUGUUGUUGCAACAGUUGUUGCUGUACCAACUGCUGCUGCUCCAGCUGUUUGCGCUGGUGAGGCAUCUGCUGCUGUUCCAGCUGGCUUUGCACAACUUGGGCUUGGUGGUGCUGCGUCGGUUGCUGUUGUUGCACAAGUUGGUGGUUCAGCUGCUGUUGGGCAGCCACCAUUACCUCCUCAUGUUCAAGUUCCAAUAAUUGGACCCGGUCCAGGUCCCGAUGUGGCUGUCGAGGAGGCUCAGGGGGCAGGAAUUUAACUUCCCCUGUCACUUGAGAGACCACCAUUGACAUGCUAGGCAGGUCUGGAUCUGAGGGUUGACUUCGCUUCUCCCAUUGC